AUGGUACUCUCUUCUUCAAAAAAUAUCAUUAGCAGUACAGUUUAUUAUCAUGGUCAUGACGGUGUGCCUGAUAUUGAUCGUAAUCUACAAAAGAAAAUGCAAGGUAAAAUUUUCAUUAAAAGUCUUAUACUUUAUAGUGUAACUAAAUAACCCUUUAAAAAUAGUUGGAUAUAAAAUGGCAACGGUGUCACAGUAUUUUAAUACCAUAUUAUAACUUCGGUGGGUGAUAAUCACCUAAAGGCAUAAUUGCCAACCUGUAAUGUAACAGACAAUUAAUAUUGCGCUAUGCAAUUUUGAUAGCUGGAUUAAAGUUAAAAUUUAAUCAAGAAACGUUAAAGAUGAUAGAAAUUAUGUGUUUAUUAAAAUUAAAAACCGAUUGUGAUGAUAUUUUUCUUCUUUCAUCUUUAUUCGAUUUAGAUGCUUCCAAUUUGGAAACUGAAAUUCGUGUACUUAAACAAUAAAUAUACUUAUUAGAAAGUAACAAAGCAAAUUGUAAAAAGUAAAUUGAUUGGUAAACUAUCUCUGGAACCAGCAGAGAAGUUUUGUUUUUUUUUUUUAUUGAAAAAAAUAUACAAAAUAUACAAUCUGUACAUAAAACAAAUUGCAUUAAGUAAAUUAGUGAACAAGAAUGAUAAAUGACUGGGAAACGUGGAGCAGGGAAGCUAUCCCGUGAUAGGACCUUUUAAGAAGUUAAAUUUUGUAAUGUAUUUAGAGCUUUAAAAUCAUUCAUGGUCAUUCCUGUGACGACUUAUUCAUGAGAAAGAUUAUUUUCAAAAUUGAGCACAGUAAAAACUAAACUUGGUAGUGGUAUGUUGCAGGAACGUUUAGAUAACCUUUUAACUAUGUUCAUAGAACAGAAUAUGUACACAAAAUGCAUGCUGUUUUUUAAUAGUAGGUAUUACUAACCUAAAAAUGUGAACUAAUACAUAUAGUUAACAUUUUCCUGCCCUCCCCCCCCCCGUUAAGAGGGUCUAGUACCAAAUAUGAUUGCGCAUGCGCGUGUAUUAUUACCUCGGUGGGUAUUAGUCACUAAAAUCAUGUACUCCUGCAUUUUAUUAUUUUAAUUUGAUUCAAACCAAUGUAUUCAUUUUUUUUAAAGUCGAUGUUUCACUAUUUUAGAUUCUGAGCAAAACGAGGAAUUUAUUGGUUGUACAGUUUUUCUACCUUUAUUAAUUUUUUUUCUGUGAAUAACUUCUUUACCAGAAAUUCCGCUCCGAUUUGUAAGUGUAGCAUUUUUUUUGAAAGGAAAUUUACCUAACUUGGUACUUAAAAAAAAUUAUUUUUUUUUGAUUUUCCCAAGGGCUUUCAUAAUAAAUGAAAAAAAACGAUAAAGACGUUGGAAAAACGAGAAAAUGUACGAAAUGUAUUAUUUUAAAAUCGUAAAUAUUACGGCCCUUUUAAAAUAUAUAUAACUGAACUCUGCCCAAAAUCGUUUUGCGUUAGCCAAAAAACACCAAGAAAUAUGCACAACUAUUAUAUUGACUAGGUGUUAUGAAUUAUUACUAUUACUCAAAGUAAAUUAGACAAUAUAUACUGUGGCUUGGUGCAAGAAGGGUAAAAAAAAAAAACGUAUUCCUCUCUUCUUCUCAACGCCGAAUGUCUUUUAUAAUAAAUCAUUAUUUAACUUGUUGCAAGUGAUAGUAAAUCAAACUAGUAUCGUUAAAAAUACGAUAAGCGGUACUAUAAGUAUAUUAUUUUAAUCAUUAGUUAAUUUUUUUAACUUUUUUAAUUAAACAAUUUUAAAUUUAGAUAAAAUUUGAAAAAUUUGAUUUUUUUAUACAUAUUUAUGGUUGUUUUAAAAAUAAAUUUUAAAAAUUGAACAACUUACCUUGAAUUUUCAAAUGGAAGCAACAAAAAAUCAUGGAAAUUGUAUAGAUAUUUUUUGGAUUUUUUUAUGAUUUGUAGUUUGUGAAUUUUAGCUUUGGUAUGAAAAACCAGAAAUAACAUUUACGGAAUAACUAUUUUUUUUUCUGCAGACGAUUUCAUCGAGUAUGUGGACCGUAUUGUGUACGAUCAUAUUGGGUUCCUUAAUAAUGGACGUGGAAGUAAGUAUAUAAUAUUAAAAUACAUUUGCUCAACAUCCCCUGGUAACUAUAUCAGUCUAUUAUUGGUUGUUUUUUGGAGACAUCUAAUUCUGUUCUUAGAGUAUGACUGUAGUAAUGUUGUCUACCCUUAGUAGAAAUUGAUUAAGCUGUGUGUAUAAACAAAUAAGUGAACAGAAGUUCACUUAUUAUGAUAUUCUACUAUCAAUAAUUAUUAGUGUUAUUGUAUAUGCCGGGUUUCAGUUAUUGUCUCGUUCGUAUAAAUUACUAUUAAAAUAUUUCGCGUUGGUGCACUAUACGCGUGCAUUAACACCAUGUUUGUUCUGGUUAAUUAUUCAUUCAUUGCUAUUAAUUUAAAUAAUUAAUUUUGACUUCUCUGAUUAUUUAUUAGUUAAUUGUUUGAUUAUCAUUCAUAUAUAAUACAUAUAUGAAACCAGGACGAAAUUACUUUAUAUAAUAUCUUCCCUUCCCAACCUCCUACCUACUACAGUGAUACACCCGUCCUUAAUAUUCAUUUUUUUUUUUGAACUGGAAACGUUGAAACGCAUAUAUAACGUGAUAUAACGCAUAUAUACACGGUACCAAAAAUCAAAAUUGUUUGUUGGUUAAAAAAAAUAUUAAAAUUUACUACCAUAAGAUUUGUAAUUUUUGUUUAUUAUUUAUCAAAUAAUAUAAUAUUAAUAGUGGCGAUGGCGUCGUUUUCAUUUUAAUUUUCAGGUGGUGUUGCAGUAUUUUACGCCGACUGUACCCCUGUGUUUAAUGACGUCUUGGCUGCGGGAAUUAGGAUUCGUCAUUUGCUACGGGGCAAUCGAUUUGAAAUUAUACAGGUAAAUCACUGUAGAGACUAUUAGUCCAGUAAAAAUAAACAUUCAACUUCGGGAAAUAAUUCGCAUAAAGCUGAACGUUGGUACAGACCUUAAGUACAUCAUUAUAAAUAAAAUUGUAAAAGUCCCCAAUAAUUACUCUGUUGUUACAAAUAUCAUUUAAGAUCAAACGUCGCAAAUAUAGGUUUUUCUCAAUUAUCUCUUAAACUGUAAGUGUUUUUAUAAAAAAAAUCUCGAAAUUUUUAGAUCAGACGAUUAUCUAAAAAAAAGCUGUAUACUUUUUUUUUUUGGUUACAAAUAGUAGUAAAUUCAAGAGCUUGGGAUUUCAACAUUUAAAACAAUUAUAAUCUUCAUAAAUUUAAAAUAUUUUACAAUUUCAAUUUCGUUAAAAUGUUUAUUACAAAUUAAUCAAAUUUGCUGUAUUUUAAAAUCAUUUUUAUAGCAUAAACUCCAACUGAAAAUUAAAAACACGUAUAGUAAUGAUCAUGUCAAAGAAAUGCAAAGUACUAAAACUAAAGUAUACUCGUCGAUGUUCGAAUGCGCGACUGAGAUUACACGAAUAAAUUUACAUAAAUAAAUCUAUUAAAUACAUUUAUUUGAUUAUUAUAAACGGUCCAAACAAGUAUAAUAUAAAAAUAUUAUUUUAAUAGAAAAUAAUUAUCACUGAACACUAGCAAUAAUCGUUCUAAUCGCCGUGCUGCCGGAGUCGUUUUCAAACAGUGGUGGUAACGAUGGUAUAUAAUAUUAUACGGUACGAUGUGUUAUAUACUCGUAAACAUGAUAGUGCUGUUUAUUUGUAUUUUCAAUUAUUUCAAUUAAAAACGAAUACAAAUUUUAGCAAGAGUAGGAUCGUUGACAGCUUUUGAGAUUUUCAUAUAUGAUGGUGCACUUAAGGUACUAAUUAUUACGAAGUUAACAUUUGUUUUUGCUAUUUUGACUGAGCUAUGUAGACAAGUUUACCAGAUAUCAUUCUUUCCCCAGUAGAAAAGUUUCUGAACUAUCUAUAUAGUUUUAACAAACAUUUUAGAAAAUUGUAUUACAUCGAAUCGUAUUAGGUACUUUUUCGUAUUAUAGUAUAUCAACUAUUUUUGAAAUAUAUUAGAAUAUUGUAAAAUAUCGUACGAAUUAAAACAAAAUUGUAUAAAAAUACAUAUAUGUAUAUGUUACGGCUUAAGUUCGAAUUUGGAUAACAUGCGCAUUAUCCGAAUUCGGACUUUUGCCGUGAAUAAAAACUGUUAUGAAAUGGAUUAUGUAUGCAUUAUCCGGCUAAAGUAACUUUAGCCAUCGUGUUAUGGCUAACAUAAAAUAUUAUUAAUAAAUUCAUAAUAUAUAUUAAUUUUAAUAAAAUUAAUUAAUAUAAAUUAACAGUGAAAUAUUAAAAUAUAAUUUAUGCAAUAUUAAAUUUAUUUUUAUUAGAUACAAAAUUUAUGUAUUAGAUAUUAUCAAUUUUAUUUAUUAAAUAACAAAUUUUCAUUAUUUAUUUACACAAGGUAAACUUUCAUGGCAUUUAGAAUCGUAUCAAAUUCUUUUUUGAUUUUUUUUUUACAUUUUUGCUUCAUUUGGCAAGGCUCACAAAUCUUUAAAUACAUUAAUACAAUUUCUUGUGCGAUAAUUUUAUACCUCUUCUUUGUCUCAGCAAUCAUUCUGUGUUUCUCCCCUUGCCCUAUACUAUUAUGCAUUUCAUGAACAAUAUCGUACAUACUUUCAUUUUGAACGUAGUAGUAGACUGUUGAAAUGAUCACUGUCUAUAGGAUAAAUCAAUAUAUUUGUCUUCCCCGUUAAUAGUUACUACAUCGUAUUUUUUUAAACGUUGGUAAUCUGUGCUCGGUUUGAUUUCGCGUUUUUAAUUUCUAAUAUUAAUUCUGAAUAUUUUUUUGAGAUAAAUAAAUCUAAUUUUGCUUUUUAAUGCAAUUAAUUUAUUAAACACACGUACAAAUUAUUUUUUGAACACAUUAUACCUCCACGUUCCACUCCAAACACAAUUCAAUUUGAACUGACGUUUUAUUAUAGGUUAGGUAGAUAAGUACCCUUAAUAUAAUAUGGGAAAAUAAACAUCGAACGGUUACGAUGAAAUGAUUGCCAGAUAAGUGGUAGUGAGAGAUAGUGUUAUGGUGUAUUGUUACUAUUAUUUAUUAUUAUUGUUAUAGCAAGUUAAAAUGCCAUCUUAUCUUUGUACGGGUUUUACGUCAUAAAAAGAGCACCAUUAGUAAUUUCAUAUCUUUCAUUUAGUGCUGUUGAAAAUAUAAUAUAAUACCUAUCAAGUUUUGCACAUUUUUUCUUACCAUUUACUUCAUCUAUCCUUCAAUGGUUAAUGUACGAAACUAUGAUUUUAAAUUUUAUAUGUUUACAUUAUCCAACUAGUAUAGAUAAUGGUAUACGUUAGCCAUGUUUCGGACUUUAGCCGUGAUAUAUACAUAUAUAUAUAUAUAUAUAUAUAUAUAUAUAUAUAUUAUAAAAUAUACAGUGUCCCAGGAAGAUAUACUCAUUGCAAUAUCUCCGAAGAUAAAAAACUUAAUCAAAUAUUGUUUUUGUUUUUUUUUUUUUUUAAUAUUACUUACAGGGAUAAGGAUUACUAAAAUUUAUAUUUCAAUUAAUUUUUUAUGUUUUAGUAUGAUGUUGGUAUAAUGUUGACGUAUCAAAUUUUAUUUUCAUUAAAUUCGUGAUUUUAAAUUAAUUUUUAAGUUCAGAUAAAAAAGACUGACAUACUUAGCACGAUAGUGGGCUACUGUUGUAAGUGAAAUUGAAAGGUAGAAGGGAAUUAAAUUUAUUUCUAAACGCGACGAUAAACCAUUUGGAGGGAAGUUUCAUUUAUAAAUGUACGUACAUUUUCCCGUUUUUCCUAAAUUUUUUCCCGGUUUUCCUCAAUUAUUAUGAAAACCACUUGAAAAAUCAAAAAAAUCUUAUUGUAAUAAGAAGAUAAAAUUUACUUUUAAAAAAGGUGCUACAUCUACUAUAUCGGAGCAAGAUUGACGGUAAAAAGUUUUUCGCAGAAAAAGAAAAUUAGUAAUUAAUUUUAAAUUUAAUUUAAUUAAAAUUAAAUUACCAAUACAUUCUUCGUUACGUUCCGAAUCUAAAAGUGUACAGUCAAUUAGCCAUAAUAAUAAUAAUCAAUUAGCGAAUAGGAUUAUAGCCUGCUGCAUAAUUAUAAGUAAUUUUCUCUGAACUUUAAACAAUUAUUAAUAUCACGAAUUUAGUGAAAAUGAAAAAUUGAACCGAUAAAACUUUAAGAAAGUAUAAAAUAACAAUCUUUAAAGUUUUCAAAAAUAAUAAAAUAAAAAUUUAUUUUUUAGUUUUUUUACCAAAAUAUAAAUAUUUAACUCAAAUAUAAAUAUUUAUAGUCCUCAUUCAUAUGAGUAACAUAAAAAAAAAAAUUAGAAUUUGAUUAGGUAUAUUUAUUAUCUCAGGAUAUAUUGCAAUGGUUAUGUCUUCGUGGGAUACUCAGUAUAUACUUAAAUUUAACAAAACGUUAUACAAUAUAUUUUACGGUGAAGUCUUGUCAACUAUAUUUUCGUCCCCAACAUCAGAUCUGCUAGUAUUAGUUCGAUUAUCAGCUUCUAUUAUGUAAAGUUCGAUGUCGAUAUUAUAUAUAAAUACCUGAUCUGUUUCUAAAAGCAUAAUAUUAAAUAUUCGGUUUGUCCGUUUCGUAUUAUACAGGAUACUGAAGCAGUUCCGUACCAGGAAAGCCCAUUGCUGGGUGAUAAGAGACAGGGAUUUGCUCAGAUAUCUGUCGUUUGCCGUGACAGUAACCGUCAUUUACUUACUCGCUUGGACCACGGUGUGUCUAGACUUUUUCUACGAGGGCGGAAAACUAUUGUAUCAGGACGCCAAAACCGUUGCUUGCAAACCGCAAUGGUGGAAUCAUAUCACGGAACUUGGUAAGUUUACGGUGGCGUCAUGCAGUCUCUUAAAAAAUGUAUUCGAAAAUCAUUCGAUUCGAUUAUUAUAUGAUAGCCUGCUGAUCAAGUAGUUCUAGUCGGGUUUUCAUCGGUUAGUGCAGAUGAAAUUUGAACGUGUAUGUAUCGUCCUAUUCAUUUAUAAUAUUGUAGAAAAUAUACUUACUGAAAUCCGAGGGAGGUUUAAAUACCAUCUAUAUAAAUACUAAUAAUAAUAUAAUGAACCCUUGGGGUAGAAAAAUCAAUAGGCGCGCAAUAUCAGGGUCUGUAAAUUUGUUGUUUCGUCGAAUGUUCAUAUACGUAGAUGGCGAGGACAAAACGGACGUGCAAUAAACCGCCGCCACCACGACGCACUGUGACAAUAUUAAAGAAAUUGUAGCGGCGGCACGUUAAUCGUAUGCUUAGAAGAUAAGAACCAUCAUUGCCUGAUGUGUUUUUAUAUUUAAAUUCUGAGCGGAGCAAUGGAUGUGUUGGUUUUAUUAUAUGUGUGUUUUUUUUUUGAUUGUAAACUACAUUUCAACCAGAAAAAAUAUUAAAAAGAUUAAAAACUACCAUAGAAACAAUUAUAAUAAAAAAAUCUAAUGAAAUCAAUAGGUAUAUAUUUAUUAGAACGGUUUCAUUUAAUUAUGUGAUUUUUUUAAACUUUUACUAUAUUAAUAAUAAUUAUUGUCUGUAACAACUUAUAUUAUUAUUACUAUACCUAAAGAUUUAUUAUUAUUACUUGUGUUACGUAUUAAUUUACUUUAACCUUUUAAAAUAUUUAAAUAUAAUGGCUGUUAUGUGAUUUUUAGAUUCUCAAUAAAUUCUGAAUGAUUUAAUAAAAAUGUUUAUUUUUUUUUCUGUGGGCAACUUUUCUACCAAAGAUCUCGCUCCGAAUUUUAAGUGUAGCAUUUUUUCCGAAAGAAAUUCGGACUGGAGAGGUACUUUAGGGAGGUAAUCUUUUGAUUUUCUCAGGAGUUUUCUCAACAAAUAUGAAAAACAAAAAACAAAUCUAAGGAAAAAGUAAGAAAUUUAGGUAUAAGUUUAAAAAUAUUUUGGUCUUAGUUUUUCCUGUAAAAAAUUUUUUUACUAGAAAAUUUGCUCCAAUUUCUGACAGCACCUAUUCUAAAAGGAAACCAGACUGGGAAGAUAUUUUAGGGUAGUCAUUUUUCGAUUUUCCUAAGAGUUUUCCCAGCAAAUGUGAAAAACCGGAUAAAAACAUGGGAAAACGGGGAAAUUCGGAUCAAUAUUAAACAAAUAUUAUUAAAGAAAAUAUAUAAUGUCUAUUUAAUUAUUUUACUAUAAUACGGCAUAUUUAUUGUCAAAAAACCAUCACUAUCAACUGAACUUCGCUCAGAAUCGGUUUUUUGUUAGUAUUGGUUUAUCGUUUACAGAUUUACAUUAAAUUUCCUUUUGUUUCCUACCUUUCCAACUUUUCACCUACUGCAGCACUCAUCCCUAUUAUCCUACGACAGCUUUUUUAAAACUAAUUUAUUAGUUUUAUUAUUAACUUAUUGACUGUGAUAAAUUAUAUUAUUAUUAAUAUAAGGUAUUACUUUAGGUGCAUGGUUACCAAACAAUAUUUGACGAAAACGACUGAGACGCGUCUCCCACUUUACACUAUUUCCUUUAUUCCGCGAGACUGGUCUCUAUAAAUUCGCCCAUUAAAUUUCAUGUUAGGAGGUACUAAUGUAUCAAGUAUACGGGGCACGUCAUAAUGAAACGUCUGAUACAUGGUUAAUUUAGGUCCUUGAAUAUCAUGUGUGUUUACUUAGACAAAAAUCGUGUUUGCAUGUUUAUAGCUGAACUCAUGGUGUUGGCCGUGGGCUUCUACUACGGGUAUUCGGCCCGAAACGCCAACGUGCUGUUCGACGAACGCCAUUACCUCUACUACGCCAUAACCACCGAAUUGACUUUUAGUUCCAUAUUCUACGCCAUCCGUGCCCUCUACCCAAUCUCAAUGUUCCAGAAUAUCAAAUUCGUCGUCGCGAUUGUCCGUGGCAUGUUAACCAACCACUUCGCUCUGCUCAUCAUUUUCGGACCGAAGGUACGUAUACGUAAUGAUACGAAGAUGUAUAAAAUACAUUUAUACAUUUGAUUAUACACAAUGUAUAGAGUUAUAUUAUUAAGGGUAUAAAAUAAUUUAUUUUUCCUGUUUAUUUGCCCCCACCGCGCUUAAAGGGAAUCGCGCUAGAAUUGCUUCCUGGGCCUGAAGAACUUUUUAUUUGUGGUUAUCAUUCUAUUCUUACUUACAAACACCACAUAUAUAUAGUUAUUAGGUAUAUAUCUAUGACGAUUACGAAACUUUCUAAUUUUCAACUAUCAAACGUUAGCAGACAUCAUGGUAAGGUACUGGUUUUUAGUGUGCUAGAGUACUCGUCUUACAAUUGUUGUUAUACGAUUGUUGGCGUACUAGUAUAACUAGUGAUAAUGCCGCGGCGUACCAUAAAUAUUUGUCGUUUGUUUUUUUCCCCCCAAUUAUUUUUGAAAACCCCUUGGAAAAUGAAAAAAAUCCAUCCCGAUGCAACAACUAGAUAAAAUGUGAUUUCAGAGAAGUACUACACCAGAUACAUUGGAGCAAUUAUCUGUUUGAAAUUUGCUCACAGACACACACACAGUCACAAAAAAAAUGGCUGAUUCUGGGAACGGGUAUACCACUGUUGUAAGUUGGAAGUUGGGAAGGCAGAAUCACAAAGUUUUUUAGUUUAUACCUGUAAUCAACGGAAAACAAUUGCUAACGAAAAACGAUUUGAAGCAAAGUUCGGUUAUGUAUGUUUUGAAACGGUGUAAUAUGUAUGAUUUCUGACAAAAUUUGAUUUUAAAACUUAAAAUAGUAUUACUUUGUAUUUUUUAUUUUCGAAAUAAACUUCUUAAUGAAUUUCCAUACAUUAUUGUUUAUUCUAAAUAUUUUAUCUAUAGGGUACCUAUUAAAUACAAAUUGCGUACAAAAUUCGCAAAAUUAAAAUGCCUAUAAACUGCCAUAAAUAAUAUUUGGGUAAACUACAAAAUUCAAAUUUAAAUUUCAAACACAACUUGACUAUUAUUUUAUGUUAUAUUUUGACCGUUAUUUAGAGUGUCCUCUAAGUUUUCUGUCAACAUUUCAAGUCUACGAAUAUUUUUAAUUGAAUUAUUACAAAAAAUAUAAUUUAAGAUAAUAAAAAUUAUUAUUUUUGUAAAUUUUUCGGUUCUAUCUACGAUUUUGUUCAAUUAUUAAUAAGGCAAAUUAAAUUUGCUUUAUAGCUUAGUCAGGGGUCGCCAACCUUUUCCAACUAGUGAGUGACAUUCAAAAUUUUAAGUCUGGACUAAGAUGAUCAACAUAAUAUAUUUAUUUAGAUUUCGGGCAUAUUAUUUAUAUUUUUAAAUUCAUUCAGUAUAAAGUAGGUAUGCAUUGUACAUAGUAUAUACUAUAUAUUAUACAGAGUGAUCAAUCUAUCGUAAGACACACGUAAUCUCGGAAAGUAUUAACUUUUUGCGUAAUUUGUUUUCUAGAAUAUUUAAGAAACAAACUGUUCUACAAUUUUAUAUUUAUGUUAUUUUUGUCACCCUUAUUUUCAAAGGUAAAAUUACCUAUUUUUGAUUUUCAAAUGGCUACUUAUAUUGAAAAUUCCAUAAAUAAAUGAAGUAUUAGUUAAAAUAAUCGUCGGUGUUCAAGUUUUUGGUUUCCGUCAAUCCAUUGACGAGAUAUUCCAUUUUUAAGUUUGGGUUUGGCGAGAGAGUUGGUUCAUUACAAACACGCCAUGCACCGACCGCCAUACAAAUGAUAAUUACUCUCCUCCAACCACAACUAAGUGAAAUAUCUCGUUAAUGAAUUGACGGAAAUAAAAAAUGUCACCAAAGUUUAUUUUAACUAAUACUCCGUCUAUUUAUUGAAUUUUUAUUAUAGAUUGUCUUUAAAAAUCAAAAGUAGGUAGUGGUUUUACCCCUAAAAAUAAGGAUGAUAGAAAUAACAUACAUUUAAAAUUGUAGAGCAGAUUGUUUUGAAAAUUUUCUAGAAAAUAAAUUCCGGAAAAAGUUAAUUGUUUCCGAGAUCAUGAGUGUCUUACGAUAGAUUGAUCACUCCGUAUAUAUCUAUGUCUUAUAUUUUUAAAGUUAACUUUAUUAUGUGAACAAUAUGUAAACAUUUUUUUUUAUAAAUUAUGUGAUAGUUUACAUUGAUUCUCUGCUAGUUUUGAGAAUUCAGGUGUGUAAUUAGAAACAGCUGCUCGUAAACUUGAAUGCAAAUUUUUGUUUGUCAUUCUUGAUCGAUGUACUCGUAUUUUUUUCUUCGAAUACAUCGUACUCGAAAAUAUUGACCCACGUAGUCGAGUUAAACCAAAAAUGAAGUUAUAGGAGCAAUAUAUCGUAUAUUUGAGUAUUUUUGAGUACUUGCGUGCUUCUAUGUAAGGUAUCAUAGUGCUGAAGAUUACAAAAAUAAUAUUUUAUUAUCUGAUUAUUUAAAACAUGGUGGACCGAUAAUGGUAAAAUUAAUUUUUAUUACGAUUGACCUAUAUUCCUAGAAAGAUCGAUCAGUCGAUCAUGAUCGUGAUUGGCCAACUGACCAAUUCAUUCAAGGGAGGAUAUUUUGAUAAUGGAGGACCUAAAUUUUAAAAUGUACUUUUUUUUGUUUUUUUAUAUAUGGUCACCAUACGUAUACUUCAUAACUGUUAAAUAUAUCCAGACAUAAACGAAUCAAUUAUAUUAUAAAAACAAAUAGUUGAUUUUAUUUUUUCAAUUAAUGGAAUUUGUAUAGAAAUAUUCUGGUAUUUAAAUUAUAAUCAUGGGAUUCGGGUACUAGCAUUAACAUUUAGAGUACUAAUCCUUAAUCGUUAGCACCCCAGCGAUUUGUGUCAAUAGUAGAUGUAGGUAUAAACAUUAAAAAUAAUAAACCGAUGGUGGAAAUACUAGUAUACGGUUAAUCAUGCACGUAUUGAUCACGAACGCAAAACGAAAAUAUUUGUUUAUAAAUUAACGGUUAUCUAUAUUUCCAUAAAUAUCUUCAACGUAUAAAUAUCUGUGGCGAGUUCUAUAUUUGACACACAAAGUAAAUUUUCUCUAGUGUUAAUGACCUGUCAUACUAGACAGGUCAUUAACAUAUAAAUUACACUGUGAAAAAAUUAAUACAAGAAAUAGAUUAUUACGUAAGCUAAUUGGAUCUCCUUAGGGUGCGGGAGCGUUAUUAAGAGUUUGGGCUUUAGUUUUCUGUUUCUCAAUCAGAGAUUUCGCAAGUCCUGUGAGGGAAGAUCUAUACCUAAUCGAUCCAUACCGGAUACGGCUGACCGUAAUAUUUUAUUUUUUAUCUAUACAUUUUUAUUUAUGUAUUUACUUACGAGUAUUAACUAUUUUGAUAAUUUAAUUUUUACUUUAUUAUUUUAUUAUUUAAUGUUAAUCUUAUAUUAUUUUAUAUCAAGUUAAUCCUUUUGUUUUACUCAUAUGUAUAUUCUAUUUGUACUGUUGCCUAAAGCGAAAUAAUAAUAAAUAAUAACUACGUGGUUUAAGAACCAAGAAACACAGAGGCUUCCUGAGUUCUGAGGCAUUAGGCACUGUCCCGAUCUGCUCUAUGCUAUCCUAGUGCUUUUCCCUAUUAUAGCUAUGCCACUAGCACUACUAUUCUCUUCUUAUCUACAAAAUGAAAAAAUUAAAAGUGGCAUAUUUUGUUAAACUGAUAUUGAUAGUUUACAUGUUGACAGAAAUUAAAUAAUAUAACUAUAAAAUCGGUUUAAACUAAAACUUCAUAUUAUUUAAGGCAUUUUUUAUAUAGGUCACUAUUGGAAAAUCAUAAAUGGGUAAGGGUUUCAUCCCCGAAAGUAAGAGUGACGAAAAAUAACGGUAAUCAUUUGUGGAACUACAACUUGGGCUAACUAGGCUGUGGCCAAAAUAUGUAUAAAUGUAUACAGUAUAGAUAAGUAAUAUAUUAAAUGGAUAUUUCCAAAAAACAAAAAAACCAAAAUGAAUUUGAAAUAAAUAACAAGACUCAAAAUAAAAAAAGAGCUGAUACUGGGGAUGGGAGUGGCCACUGUUGUAGGUGAGAAGUUGGGAAUGUAGGUUACAUAAAGUUAUUUCUUUUAUAUCUGUAAGCAACGGUUAACUAUUGCUUGACGAAAGACGAUUCCGAGCGCAGUUUGGUAAUACAUAAUUUGAAGUGCCGUCAUUUUUUUUGUGAUUUUGGUUUAAAUUUAAUUUCAAAAUGCUUAGUAAAAAAAAAAAAGUCAUCCGAUAAUUUUAGAAUUAUUCCCACGUCUAGGUAAGUCCAAUAUAAGUAUUAUUAAUAAGUUUCAAGUUUCUACGUGUGUUUAUAACCGAAUAACAGCAAACAAACUUCCAAAAAUUAAAAUUCCUUAAAAGCUCUAAAGUUUUGACGACGAUACAGUCAGAAAGUAAAUCAAAAAGAUAUCUUGUUAUUUUUCGAUUAAAUUAUUUUUUUUUUUUGGUAGAAAACGUCGUCCGUGUUUUUUUUAUAAACUAAUGAAAUAGUGAAAUUGUACGUUUUCCUACGUUUUUUCCCACUUAGGUGCUUUUAUUUAAAAAAUGGUGUCGAAAAUAAAAAAAAAAAUACCUCUAAGAUACCCUAAUGUACCAUCUAGAAAACUUGAGCUUUCAGAAAAGUUACUACACAUAAAAAUCGGAUCAAGUUUACUAGGAAAAAGCGUGUCCACAGACUAGAACAAAGAACAAAGAAAAAAUAAAUAAAUAUCUCGGUAAAACCAAUAGCCCCUCGCUACGCUCGGAAUCUAAUAUUAUUUUCACUCCCAGAACGGCCACGGCAACCGGGUUGUACUUUUAAUAAUUUCCUAUAAAGCCCAUAUUAUCAGUACUAUACUAUUAAUAUUAUCAUGGAAUAAUUGAUUUUUGAUGAAAUUAAAUUACAUUAUUAAGAUAUUAUGCUGCUGACUGUAAACUUCAUUUAAACAAAUUUAGUGAAGGACGAAAUUUCGGGGAGGGGGUUUUGACCGAUACGGUAAACAAAAAUGUUGACCGUUAAUUUAUAAUAAUUUCUUACGUUAAAUAAUAUUGGUACAUUUAUUAUUUUACAAUGUAUCGAAAUAUUUUAUGUUGAUUAUAAAUAAUGUAAAUUUUUAAAUAACUGUAUGUUUACAAUAAUGUAAAUAUCGUAAUAUUUUAAAAGAUCUUAAAUAAUUUGUUUUAAGUGCAAAAGGAAAUGUAAUUAAUUAAUUGAUUAAAAAGUAUUGAUACUGGGGAUGGGUGCAGGAAAUGUUGUAGGUUAGAAGUCGGGCAAUUAGGAUACAUAAAAUCAUUUAAUUUGUAUCUGUACGCAAAUAUAAAUCAUUAUUAACGAACAACUAUUCGGAGCGAAUGUUAGGUUAUACAUAUUUUAAAACGCCGUAAUUUUUAGGAUUUUUGUCACAAUAUGAUGUUAAAAACAAAAAGAAAACUAAUGCAUUAAACUUAAAUUUGUUUUUUAGACCACUAACUAAAACGUAUAAUAUACCUUGUGUUAAAUUUUUAAUCUUUUCUUUAAAGUCAUAUAGUUUGAAUAAAAGGUGCCUACAAAAUAAAAAUACAUAAAAACAAGAAAAUAUCAAAUACCUAUAAAUAGCCUAAAAAUGACUCGAAUGUUUUGAAAACUGUAUCACGUAUACAAAAGGUCAAUAUAAAUCUUUGUGAAAACUGUAGGUCUCUAUAAUAAUUUUCAAACCAAAGAACAAAAAAAAAAGAAACUAAAUUUCGUAAUCAUUACCGUAUUUCUUAUGUUUCCUGGCUUUUCGUAAUUAUUAGAAACAUAUUACGGAAAAUCAAACAACUUUAUCAUUAUCAAAAUAGAUAAAAUAUGCUAUUCUUUAAUUUUAAACAACGAUUUCUGUUAGAAAAAUAUAAUUUUAAACAUUUUAAAAAAUGAAAUCGUUGCUCCGAAAUUUUUUAAAAAAAUCGUAUUUUUAGGUUAAUCUCAAUUAUUACGCAAACUACAUUAAAUAUUACAACCGAUUUUAUUUGUCAGCGAUUAAAUAUUAAAUAAAAUAAAAUCAAUUGGAGCAAUAUUUCUGGUAGAAAACAUAAGAUGUAAGAGCUCAAAUCAAUGAAAACGGUAACAUCGCAGUGCACCGUAAAUAUUUGCUGUUUUACCAAUAGUUUUCUUUCAAAAAUUUGGAAAAUCGACCUUCUCAACUGAUCUUCCUAAUGCACCAACUAGAUUAAAUUACCUUUCAGAAAAGGUGCUACACUUGAUAAUUGGAACAAGAUUUUAGGUUGAAAAGUUGUUCACAGACUUAAAAAAUAAAAAUAAAAAUAGCAUACAUUAUAAUGAAACCAUUAAAUCCCUUGCUAUGGUCCGAAUUUAAAAAGAACUUAUGCUGCUGAUGGAUGUACCAAUUUUGUUGGUGGGAUGUUUGGGAAGUAGUAUACUUAUUAAUUAUUACACACAUAGUAUUUAUUAAAUUAUCUUUUUACGCAGAGAUAAAUUAUUGUCAAGUACCCAAUAUGAUUCUGAGCGUAGUUCAGUUAAAGCUGUUUAAAAUACUGUGAUUUUUACUAUUUUCGUCAAUAUUUAAAAUAAAAAAACACGAAAUACGACUUUAUUACACAUUUGAUUACGAUUAAUUCGACUGAGGCGGAUCCACUAUUCCACUACCACAUUACUCCCGAGUGGCAAGUAGUGUAAUUUAGUCGGGCAAGUGAGCAUACAAAUACGUUUUUCGAUUUUGGUGCCUGUUCAUAUAAUAUGUGUAUCUAUUAUACACAUUACACAUGAUAUAAAUAUUAUUAAAAUAUAUGUGUUUUACGAGUGUAUUAGUUAUAAUUUAUAUAGUUUUAAACUGAGAAAGUUUUUUUGUUUUAGGUGUGGUACCAAAAAAAAGUAAACGCUGAACUUCGCCUUUCCGCUUUAAACCCGGAAAUCGUUGAAACAUUGAAACCCGACUUGAUCGAUGGCGAUAUUAGAGAAUUAAACAUUGCAGAAAUGACCCCAGACGAAAUCCGAGUAAUUAUUCGUGUUUAUAUUUUUAUAACUAUUCUAGUUAAAUUACCCGGAGAGUGAAACCACUUUGUGUUUUCGUUGUUGACGUUACGGGCUGAAAAGUUGGUACUACUAAGACUACUCCGAGGAUAAUAUUAUAAUAGUUAAAAAUAAAUUACAAUUAAUAAACCCUCGAAACGUACGUUUCCGCAAAUGUAUAACCGUAUGGUUUAAUAAUAUACAAAUACAUUUCACUAGUUCAAAUCUUUGAAUUUGGAUGGAUUCUUCAUCAUUAAAUUUAAAUGGCUUUGACGUAAACAUUGAGGCCGUUAUACAACUAUUAUAUUACAUUGGCUUAUAACACAUGUAUACAUUUUUAUAUAUUGUAUUUAUUUGCAUAAGUAUAUAUUUUUUGUAACUCUUGAACAAUAAAUUUAUUUUAAAUUUGUAGUAAUAAUAUUGUUGUUAUAAACGCACGGAAAAUAACGUUUAACGAAUUUUGCAUUAGUUUAAAGAUUAAAAUACCAGAGGAUUCAUUUAAGUGGAUACUCUCAUUAUCUCGAAAAAUAAUUAACUUUUCCGGAAUUCGUUUUUCUGGAACAUUUAAAGGCCCCCAUACACGAUCAAACAAUGUGUGAAACUACUAUGUUUGUGCAAACAUUUUGAUAGUGUAUGGAAUGGAUCGAGUAGUUGCGCAAUGUUUUGAAACCAGAGUUGCGGUUUUCGGUCGAGACCGAAAUAUUUUGUGCAACGCCCGGUGAUUGAUAAGCGGUUUGAACGUCUAUGUCGAUGUUUGACAAGCGUCAGUGAUGAAUAUAUCAUUUUAUUGUGUUCAUUUAAAGUGCCGAAUUUUCUUUAUUCUUUUUUAUUACUUUUACUUUUUUAAGCAUUAAUUAAAAUAUUAAUAUUUAUCAUUAUUAUUAUUUCUAACAACUCCCCGAACGUAUCUGCAUCCAUUCUAAGACAGUUUUGGUAGUCUACUAUUGAACGCAUUUUGAGUUCUGAGUUCUAACUAAUCGAUCAUAACCAAAUUCUGUUCUCUUUUUUAACCACUUUUUUCCUACGUUCAUAUUCUCUGCUUUCUAUUUUCUUUUCCGUCAAACAUCCAAUAAUUAUCGCAGCGCAAGCAAUUUCUGUGUCGGACAUUAUGUCUACGUAUACAAAAACGUACUGAGGUUCACACAAGCCGUUUGAACGUUUAUGUACGUGUGUUUGCACAAUCAUGUUUUUGCGCAAACAUAGUGGUUGCAUAAAUUGUUUGAUCGUGUAUGGGGGCUUUAAGAAACAAUCUGCUUCACAAUUUUAUAUCUGUGUUAUUUUUUGUCACUCUUAUUUUUUUUGGGGGGGAGGGGUAAAACAACUACCUAAUUUUGAUUUUCAAAUGACAACCUGUAUUUAAAAAAGUCCAUAAAUAGAUUGAGUAUUAGUUAAAAUAUAUUUUAGUGUUGACAUUUUUGAUUUCUGUCAAGCCGUUGACGAGAUAUACCACUUUAAAUUUUAGAUUGGAGGACUGUAGUGAUGCAUUCUUAACACGCCGUGCGCAGUACCACCACACAAUGGAUAUUUCGCUACUCUCCUCCAACCAAAACUCAAAAGUGUAAUAUCUCGUCAACGAAUAGACAGAAAUGAAAAAUGUCAAUACUAAAAUAUAUUUUAACUAAUACUCAAUCUAUUUAUGGAAUUUUUUAAACACAGAUUAUCAUUUGAAAAGUAGGUAGUUGUUUUACCCCCAAAAAUAAGAGUGAUAAAAAAAAACAAAACUAAAAUCGUAAAGUGGCUUGUUUCUUAAAUGUUCUAGAAAACAAAUUCCGGCAAAAAUUAAUACUUUUAAUGAGUCUAUCCACUUUAAUGAAUCACCUAGUAUAUUACGGAAUAUAAAUGUUUAAUAUAUGGUAUUUUGCAUUUUAUCGAAUAAACUGAAUUUCAUUUUUUUCUUAAAUUUAAUUUUAGGAAGAAUUUAAUCGUGUCUAUACACAAUUGGGUUUGCUGCGUGAUAAAAAUGUAUGCAAUAAAAACCCUCAUAUAUCUAAACGGAAAGGUGGAAAAAAAUUGCCACAUAGACGAUUUUCAUUGCAGGUAAAUAAAACGAUCGAGUUGAGAAACAAAAUAGAAUUUAAUAAUUGGGUACUUAAUCUUUUUGAAUUUAUACAAGAAAAAUUAUAUUGUGUUUAUUUUUUUUACUUUCUUGGAACGACCCCAGAAGAAAGGUCCACGAGACAAUAAGGUACGAUAUACUUACAUUAAAAUAGUUAUUGACCGUUAAUGACAAAUUGCGCAAUUUAAUUUUAUUGUCAUAAUAAUAUAAUUCAAACAAUUUUUGUUAAAGGUAUCCAUUAAAAUUCACCAAACAACUACAGAUCUGGACGCGUCUGAGAUAACCGAAGCUAACGAUUUAAACGAACAGUGUAAAUCUCCCGAAGAUUCGGUUAGUAGUGAUGAAAAUCCUCAAGCCGGAGGUGACUACGACAAUGAUUACAAUUGUCAGUCGGCCACGGAAAUAUUCGAAAUAUACGAGCCCGUGAUUGUCACACACAAACAUAAAUACGUCAUUGGUAAGUAAAAACUAAAAAUAAUAUUAGUUCUUAUUUUUUUCAACUUUCUGGCAUAGAUUUUUUUUUAUCUAUUUAUACUACAUUAAAUUAAAUACUUACUUAUUUUUGUUGGUACUAUAUAUUAUUAUAAAUUCGUAAUCCGAGGUUUUACAUACAUAUUUAAUUACGUUACAAUAAUAAUUAUACAUUUAUAAUAUAUUUCAUUAUAAAAGAUAGGGGUUAAUUCAUCAACGAAAUAGCAGCUAUAAGAAAAGACGUUCUAGGAUAAUGGGGACGGGUGCAGCAACUUUUAUAAAUAAUUAAACGUAUACCUGUGAGCAACGAUAAACUAUUGCUUACGAAAAAACGAUUCUGAGCGGAGUUCAGUUGAUAAUGAUGCUUAACAACAAUAUAUAUAUGUCAUUUUAUAGUAAAAUAAUUAAAAAGGUUUUAUAUAUUUUCUUUAAUAAUAUUUGUGUAAUUUUGUAUCGAUUUUUCUAAAUUUCCUACAUUUUUUCCGGUUUUCCUAUGUUUUAUCCUGCACAUUUGCUUAGAAAACUGAGAAAAUCGAAAAAUGACCUCUUUAAAGUACCUCCUAACGCCGAAAAAAAGUUCCUUUCAGAAAAGUUGCUACACGUAGAAAUCCAAGCUAGUCUAGUAAUAGAUUACUAGAAAAGCUGCGUAAAGAUGAAAAAAAAAACAAUUUAAACAUAUUUGUAGAACUAUACGCUUCUUCGCUCCACUCAGAAUCUAAAACUAUCAAAUUUGAUUUGUAUUGAUAAAUUAGUAAUUUAUAACAAUGAAACCAAAUGAAAUUAAUUAAUAUAUAUAAUACAAUAUGCGUCAGUAUGUAGACCUAUAACGUCACUAAAAUGCCAUAUUUUUAGUAACGACUAGACGUCUAUAAACGUAGCAAAAUAUAAUAGGUUAUUGCGACGCUACUUUAUUAAUGACAUAAUAUACAGUAAAAAUGGUAAAAAUUCCAAUAUCACGUCGGUAAUAACGACAGAGUAUAUUUAUGAUUGGAUAAGAUAAAUCGUUGUUUGGAUAAAGUGAACUCGUUAUACUUUUUUAUUUUAUGAAUUCUAUAGAAAAUAAUAUUUGCCAGUGGUAACUAUUUCUUAUUUUGAAAAAUACGUUGCAAACUGAAAUAGACAUUGAAGAAAAAAGAUAGAGAGAGAUAAUGAAAAUUGGCAAAUUUUGGUUUUUGAAAUCGAAUUGAAUUGGGUCAAAUAUUAAUUUUUUCGAGUCAAGUCGAGUUCAAAAGUAGAGUCCUCGUGUAAUAUCGAAUACGAACAAAAAUUUUUGAGCAGAGUAUUCAACUAUUAUUCUUUCCAUCGAUUACUCACAGGGAGUUGUAUGUAUAUUAAUAGUUUAAAAAAUACAAUUAAUAAUUAAAUAUUUUAGAUUAUGAGUGGAGUGAAUAAUGUAUUGGUUUUAAGAUGUUUAUUUUUUUUUUUUAUGUUAACACCUUUCAUGAAAGGAAAUUUUCUUGGGGUGGUGCUUUAGGGAAUUAAUUUUUUGAUUUUCUCAAUUUUCUCAUCAAAUAUGAAAAACCAAUAAAAAGUAAAGAAAAACAGGAAAAUGUACGAAAUAUAUUAUGAUUUUUUUUUCUGUGGAUAACAUUUUUACAAGCAAUUUUGCUCCGAUAUACAAUGAAAGUAUUUUUUAUGAAGGGAAUUGUUAUUGGGAAGGUACUUUAAAAAGUUCUUUUUUCCGGGAUAUUUAUCAAUAAAUGGGAAAAACAUGGGAAAACCGAAAAAUACGUAGGAAAAACGGGAAAAUUGGUUCAUUAAAAUAAUUUUAUCAUUAAGAAAAUAUUUAAUGUCUAUUUAUUUAUUUUACCAUAGUAUGACAUAUAUAUUUUUGACAAAGCAUUACAACAACUGAUCGUCGCUUAGAAUAGUUUUCUAGUUAGCAAUGGUUCAUUGUUGCUAACAGGUAUGUAUAAUGGUACCUGUAAAUUACCUAUAACAGUAACCGCUGCACCUAUCCUUAGUACCCCAGGAAACCUUUUUAUUAUUUAUUAUCAUUUUUCGUUUAAAAUAAGUUUUUUAAUGACAAAUUUUUAAUGGUGCCUUGAUGGUCGUUAUUGGUGAUAUCAACACAAUAUGUAUUAUAAUAGUAUAAUAUUAUUAUAUUAUAACUAGCUGUUGCGCACGUUUUUUCCCGUGUCAGUUUUGAACGAAAAAAAUAAAUAUAAAAUAUUUAAUGUCAAUUUAAAAGUUGAAGAAAAUGAGUUAUAAUAUAAUAUAUGUUAUUUCUGGUUUAAAUCAAUGUAAAGUUUCAGCUAAAUUCGUUUAGUUGUUUUGGCGUGAAGGAGUACCAAACAUCCAAACAAACUUUGGCGUUUAUAAUAUUGGUAGGAUAUUCAUGUCUGCUUCAUUAAAUACGAACAUUUUAUUUAUUGAAGCGUACACGAAUACAAUUUAGUUUAGUAACUAAAUAAAUAUAAUGGCCAUAACCAUUUUGCUAACAAACAAUACAUUAAUCAUAAUGUUAAUAAUAGUUGCUAUGGAUCUAAAAGUAUUAUGAGUUUGUGAAAAUUGGUUAAAUAAUCGAAAAUUCAAUCACGUAUUAAUUAUCUGGAUUAUUACUGUUGCAGAUAGGUACAGAAGACCUGCAACGGUCGGAUUAUUUUUACGAAAACAUUUUGACCAUAUCUUUAUAUUUUAAUAAAUUGUAUUUAAUUAUUUAAAAUGUACCCAAUUCAUUUAAGUGGCAAAUAUUUACGGGGCGUUGUUAAAUAUUAUUAAUUUUUGAAAACUAUUUUUUCUACCAGAAAUAUUGUUUCAAUAGAAAAACAACAAGAAACCAUUUUUGUCGAAUUUCGGAUCUAGAUGCUCAUGGAAAAUGUCGUUUUUGAUUUUUCUAGUUGGUUUCAUAAUAAUUGGGAAAACCAUAAAAAGACGAAAUAUGAUAAACGAUUAAAUUACGGCGUACGAUUUCAUUAUUUUAAAUUUUUACACACGAUGUUUUGUAGCAAAACUAUUCCUCAGAUAUAAAAACGAUAAGAUACAUUUUUUUUUGUUGCAUUUUAAAUUUAAUUGGUAAAUUAGAAAAUUGUUGUUUGAUUUUUCCUGUGGUUUUUUUAAUAAUUGAACAAAACCGAAAAAAAAAAUAACAGGAAAAUUUACGUAAAUAACGCUCUUAUUAUUUUUCAAUUUUGUUUUUUUGUUGUAAUCCAGUUAAAAAUAUUCGUAGAGACUUAAAAUUUUGACAAAUACUUAUAUUAUAUUUGUUUUAUUUGCUAUACGCUGUAAAAUUUUCAUAACAUUUGAUCUAUUUUUGAGCUACUUAUAUGUAUUACUUAUACAUUUUAAUUUUGCGAAUUUUUAAUGUAAUUUUUAUUUGUUAUAUCUACCAAAUAAAAAUUUUAAAUAUCACUGCCUUUCAAAACAUAUAUAACCGAACUUCGUUCCGAAUCGUUUUUCGUUUUUCUUUUGUUUAUCGAUGCUUACAGGUAUAAAUAAAUUAAAUAACUAUGUAUUUUACCCUCCCGACUUUUAACCAACAACAUUAGCUACAACAAUGACGCACCCGUCCGGUUUUUUUAUUUUAAUUUAUCUGUUUAGCUAUCCAUAUGUAUACAAAUUGUGAAAGAACUAUGUAUAAAUGCUUUCAAAUAACAAUUAAUGACAUUAACAAAAAAAUUGGACAAACUUUCAUUAAUAUUAUUGUUAGUGAGACUUCUGAAAUACGGAGCUUAUACAUAGCAAAUUGACUUUUUGGAGUUAAGGCUGGAUUACUCCUAAUAGCAUAAUAUAAUAAAUCCAUUGGAGUUCAUCCUCAUUCAAUAACUGUACUAUAUUCUUUGAAUAUUUUUUAAUCACCAUUUUUUUUUUUUUUGGCCAUUUUUAAAAUAGUUUUAAAAUUAAAAAAAAGAGCUGACACUGGGGAUGGGAGCGACCAUUGUUGUAGGUGAGAAGUUGGGAAGGUAGGAAACAUAAAGUUAUUUCUUUUAUAUCUGUAAGCAACGAUUAACUAUUGUACGUUUUCCUACGUUUUUUCCCACUUAAGUGCCUUAAAAAAUACCUGUCUAAAGUAUCAUCUAGAAAACUUGAGCUUUCAGAAAAGUUACUAUACGUAGAAAUCGAAGUAAGUUAUUAGGAAAAAACGUGUCCAUAGACUAAAACCAAAAACAAAGAAAAAAAAUAGUAAAUAUCUUGGUAAAACCAAUAGCUCAAUCGCUACGCUCGGAAUCUAAAAAUUAGGUUUCAGAAAAGUGUUUCUAACAAAGAAUUGUAAUUUACCGUAGUUCAUUUUAAAAAGUUUUCUUGUACAUUUUCAUAGGGUAUAGUAAGUUCCCUUUUUUUUUGGUACUCUAGUGGAAAUUAGUGCUUUAUUUUUUUGGCUAACUUUAUUGAACUUUAUUUACUUCAAUAUGGAUCUCGUUUAAUAGGCUAGGCAGGCAAGUGUAAAUCGUCGUACUUAUAUUUUAUAACUGUGGUGAUGACCCAAAAAUGACUACGCCUUGAUACAUGACGGUAUCGUACCGGUAUCAGUGCCUUGAAGUUGAUGGACAUUUUUAAUAAUAUUAUUAUUUUCUUAAAUGAAUUAGAUCACGACCACGGUGAAGGAACUUCUUCUGAUUUCGGAUACUAUAAGACGCCGUAAGAUACGCUUAGAUCAGGUAAGCAUGCUUUAUUGAACCUAGAAUGUUGUAGUCUGUAGAUAACUGUUAUAAUAUUCGGUUUUAAAUUUUUUUAAAUAUAUUAAAUAUACCUGUAAUUUUUUAAUUUAUAAAAUAUGUUGCUUGUACACGUAGUGUAUGAAACGAAAUUUGCAGAUUUACAAAUAUUAUAUUUAAAUUAUGAAAUUAAUGAAAAUUGGCUAUGAUUUUAACCAUAGUAAAAACAAUCAUCAUAUAUUAUUCAACUAUUUCUAAGUGUAAAAAUUACUUUUGUUCGUCUUCUUGUUAAGCAUUUUAAAUAAUACAAGGCUCUGAAUGGAUGCCAUAUAACAAGGUAGUUACUACUGAGUAGUUCUAUAGUAGAAUCGAAAUAAUUUAUCGAUGCAAUAUAAUAUUUGAUAUACUUAUUAUAAUAGAGUAUUGGGAAGAAUACGUUCCUUUCAUAAGAACCAAGCUUGGAACGAGUUCUUUUUCAAAUAUAGAAAUAACAAACGGAAAAGAUUUUCUAUUUAUGAGGAACCUAAACGUAUUUUCGUUUACUCCUAUAUGAAAUGGGAACGAUUUUUUUUUUUUUUAAAGAUAAAAGGAGCGAGAACAAGCUCCUUUUUUUAAAAAAAGAACGAGAAACGGGAACGUAUUUCUUUUUUGUAGUAUAAACGAGUAACGGGAACGUAUUUCUUUUUUGCAGUAUAAACGAGAAACAGGAGUGAAUUCCUUUUUUAAACGGGACUUUUUCGACACUGGUUAUUGUCAUCAUUGUAUAGAUAAUUACUGGUUCGGGAAAAAUGGCCACCCUAUAAUAUACCAUUUGUGUUUAUUUUACAAUGUUGUUAAUUUUAAUAUGAAUUAAAUCUAAUUUUUAUUUGUUUCAGAUAACGCGGAUUAUUUCUAAUGGAAAAGAAAAAAAAAAUCUUAAUACCUAAGAAUUGGAUUUUAAUAUUAUUAAGCAAUGGUCGUUAACUACCAUUUUUAGAUGUGUGUGUGUGUGUGUGUGUGUGUGUGUGUGUGUGUGUGUGUGCAUUUUGUUACUUUUUUUAAUAAUUAUUUUUUUAUUACAUAUUCGCUAUUAAAUCAUAAUAUUAUUAUAAUAUAAUGAUAUAUUCGGAGUUAAACCGAAUAUUUUAUAAUUACAAGGUUUUUUUAAUUAAAAUCCUGCACUCUUGUAAAAAUCGUCGACGAACUUUUAGGCAGCUCUCCAUUAGAUCGACGUAAUUGACGCAAUGAAACUAAAAACAAAACAAUGAAAUCAUUGUAUGCGACGAGUUUCAUGUUUAUUUGCUCAUUCGAGCGAUUUAGGUUGCAUUGUUAAAAUUGUACUUGUAUUAUUUUUUGACAAUUUGUCACUAUAGCGUCUAUAGCAUCAACCGUGUAUUAAAAAUGGAAUCGGAUAAUUCAGAUGAUAGUGUGAUAGUGAUCUGGGUUUUUUCAAAAAAAAAAUGUAUUUUGAGUUCAUUCCUAGUUAGCUAAUAGUGUAAGAAAAAAAAUACUCAUGUUGCUUCAAGAGAGCUAUUGUAACAUACAGAAUAUUUUCAAUUAUUCAAUCGAAUAAGUAAAGAAAGUUUUUCUGAACUUAAUAACUUUUUUGGAUCUUUUUUCUUGGCCAUAUUUAUCAAAGUUGUAGACGACCGUUGCAAUGAAAUUGAAUAUGUUCAGUCGCGUGCGAUUAUUAUGGCCGCAGUCGCCGUAACAAUAGUCGCGUUGUAUGUUUAAGAGUAAUUUUAUUUAUAAGUUUUGGAAAAAUAGACUUAAUAAAAGUCACCAGUUUUGUCAGUUGCGUCGCGCUAGUGGGAGAGCGGCCUAGGAUCAAAAAAUCAAAAAAAUUUCCAACUUCAUAAAACAAAAGAACCAAACAAAUUUUGUGGGGAAAACAAUUAUAAUUCUCGGAAGAAUAAUACUUUCAGACAAACUCGGUAUUUAAUUUUAAUAGAUUUAUUUUACCGAUUUUCUCGGCGUUUAUCAAUAAAAACGUAGGUGUAAUAUCAAGGUUCUCGUAAUUUUCUUUCUUAAAUUUUAUGAAAUUCGUUUCAUAAAAUUAAAUAUUAUAAAUAUUCAUAAAUAAAAAUAUGUAUUACACGUCGAAGGGCAUUAUUAAUUUUCGCAAUUAUUAGUUAAAUUAUUUAGGUACUUAUGUUGUAUAAUUUCAGCCUGAUCACCUGAUCGGAUGAAAAGUACACAAUAAUAACGAAAAUAUAUUUUAUGAAUGGCGAAAAAUUGACAAACGUAAGCAUAGAUAAUAUGACGAAUGAAACACGUCUAUAAGUAUGUAUGGAGUUGAGGCCUUUUUUCCCUGUUAUCUAAGCGUAUGGAGUACUUUUUGAUGUUAUUUUUGUUCUAUGUUAUGGCUGUUAUGUGUAACACAGUUUCUUUUCACUUGUUAGUAUAAUAUCAUUAGUUUUAUAGUUAAUAUAUUAUAAUCUAUUUGUAAUCAAUAAUGGUAAUAUUAAGAUUUAUUAUUUAAACAAAAACCAAAACUCAGAUACUACUAGUGUGUUAUUAUUAUUUAUUAUAAUUACCUCAUACAAACUCUUAAAACUGACCGUAUGAUAUGCUACAAUGACCAACCCAUUCCUUUAUUAUCAAUGAACAUGGCCCGCCAAUUAUUUUAUAAAACUAUAUUUUGACUGGCAAAAAAUUGUUUACCAAAAAUAAAUUCCAGGCUAUACCCGAAAUCUAUUUAAAAUUAAUAUUUGGAAUUUCUCCGACAACUUUCAUCCCAAAUAUCGAUAUUUUAUAGUCUUAACCUAUUCGACAAGGUCAUUUGCUUUUAUUUUAAAUUGUAUUUAAUAACUUUAAAAUUAUGUUUAAUUUAUAUUAUAGUAAUUAAUCAAAUAAUAUAAAAGGGGUACACGUAAAUUGUGAAUUUCAACGAUUCGCUGGUAUUGCGCAAUUAAAUAAUAUAAUAAAACGUCAUACGAUUAUAAUAUUAAUGUAUUAUAAUUACAACGACGAAGUAGAGGAACUUCCGAGCGUAAACCAGGUGACGAAAAUUUAAUUUUCGCUAAACAUUUUGGAUUUUUAAAUGAGAGCUGAUAACGCUAAUAGAUCAGCCUCUAAGGUUUGGGAUUUAAAAAUAACCGUGAAAUUUAAUUGAUGAAAAGUCAAAUGUGUUUACAUAUUAUUCCAUCAGGUUAGGUACCUACGAAAAACCGUAAAUUCGUCCCUGAUAACUUAUAGUAUUAUUGUAACUUACUUAGGACGUAACAAGCGACAAUAUAUCGUUGGUUAUCAUUUCAAAAUUCGUGUUCUUCCACUCCAGAAUUAUAUUAAGUCCCAGAUUAUAGGUAUUAUUACAUGGGCAUACGGAAAAUACCACCAAUACGGAUUUUCGGCGAGACAUUGAUUUUCGUCAAUUUUUGAACGUAUAAAUAUUGUAUUCUUAUUAUUAGGUACACUCCCAUCUAUGUAAGAUUUAUAAUAAUAUAAAUAAGUUUAUGUUCAUUCCCAUGACAGUUGCAGAAUGCAUAAAAACUCAAUACUUAACUUAAUAUAUUUUUCCCUUACCGUUUUAGCAUUGCUGGUAUAUGCACAUCACGCUACAAUUUUAUAAUAACCAUAAUAACAUUAAUAAUUUUAAGUAAGUAUAUAGUAAUAUUAUAACCAUAUAUAACGAUGGACACGCGAUCUCCUUAUAAUUUUAACGUCAUAAUUAUUGUUUUGUUUUUUUUUUAAAAAAUCUCGUAUUAUUAAUAUUAUAUAAUUUUAUAUAAUUA